UCUGCACAAAACCUAUGCUGGCACUAUAAGCUUGUAUUCAAUUGCCUUAAAUAAUUUUCUUGCAUUAUCCGGUUACUUUUGCACUUUUUCUUAUUUUAUGGCUCGUGCGAACUUUUAAAAGUCGAGGUCACCCUGCGGUCCACUUCUGACAUGUGAGAUAUUUAUUAAAAAAUGUUCCGGUAUUUGUCUCACAUUUAAGCGUCAUUGUAGAAAUACAACUAUUAAAACAAAAAGUAAACGUGCAGUCCUGGUUCUCCAGAACAAGUCAGGUUAUGGUGCUCAACGUCGGCCCUUCACCACAGAGGAUGAAGCCUGGAAAUCAUUUCUGGAGAACCCACUAACGGCGGCCACCAAGGCCAUGAUGAGCAUAAAUGGAGAUGAAGACAGUGCUGCAGCUCUCGGCUUUCUCUAUGACUACUAUGAGGUGCCCAGGGACAAGAGAACAAUACACCCACCCAAGACAGAAUCACUAGUCUCUGAUGUGGAUCCAAACAAAAGGCACCAGAUCCAAACCAGACACCCCAUAGUUCCCCUCCAGGAAGCUAGCAUGGAAAACAGGAUCCAAGUCCUGAAGACGCCCGUCAAUAUUCUUCAGCUGACUCAGGACAAGAGGCCCCAUUUCCCUUCACCAGACACAACUGUCACAGUUUCUAUCGCCACAAUGCCAAACUACCCGCCUGUCAAGACAGAGGUGCCCACCCAUGGCUUCACUGUGACUGUGCCAAACAACUGCACCGAAACCGACGGUCAUGUGGGCGUCUUCGACCGCCAACUCACCCACAACACGGUCCAGUUCAGCCCUAGUACCCACUCCCGCACACCCCCCGACUCCACCUUCCCAGAGAGUUUCAAGGAUGGUUCCCAGGAGGUGUUCUUCCCAGGAGAUCUCCAGUUACGCAUGGCCAUGACGCCCGAGGACUACACUCAGUUUGACACCGUGCCGGGGAAUAAUUUUGAAUACACUCUUGAGGCAUCCAAGUCUCUGCGCCAGAAGACAGGCGAUGGCACAAUGACGUAUCUCAACAAAGGCCAGUUUUACCCGAUCACCCUCAAGGAGGUUGACAACAAGGGCAUACAGCAACCCAUCACUAAAGUUAGGAGUGUAGUGAUGGUGGUGUUUGGAGAAGAGAAGUGCAGAGAGGAUCAGCUGAAACACUGGAAGUACUGGCACUCUAGACAGCACACAGCUAAACAGCGGUGUCUUGACAUUGCUGACUACAAGGAGAGCUUCAAUACCAUCGGCAACAUUGAGGAGAUUUCUUACAACGCCAUUUCCUUCACCUGGGACACAAAUGAGGAAGCCAAAAUCUUCAUCUCUGUCAAUUGUCUGAGCACCGACUUCUCCUCUCAGAAGGGGGUGAAGGGUCUUCCUCUGAAUCUGCAGAUUGACACAUACAGCUACAACAACCGCAGCAACAAACCCAUCCACCGGGGCUACUGCCAGAUCAAAGUGUUCUGUGACAAGGGAGCAGAGAGAAAAAUCCGAGAUGAGGAGAGAAAACAGUCCCGCCGGAAAGGGAAGGUGGUCGACCUCAACCCUGGCAUGCCUUGUAAGUCAUUUGUAGAUGUGAAAGUACCCAUCCUGCAGAAACGCAAUGAUGUGACAAUCUUCAAAAUGAUGACUGACCUGGAGACCCAGCCAGUCCUUUUCAUCCCUGACAUCCACUUUUCUUCCCUCCAGCGCCAUCCCUUCACCUCAGAAGAUGGAGAAGAUAGCUCAGGCAUGAGAAGAUUACCUUUCAGUGAUGAUGAGUUCGGUUCACCACCAAACAAGAUGGCGAGAGUGGACGAACCAAAGAAAGUCCUGCUUUAUGUGCGCAAAGAAACAGAGGAGGUGUUUGAUGCCCUCAUGCUGAAGAAUCCUACACUGAAAGGCCUAGUGGAAGCUAUUUCAGAGAAGUAUGAGCUGCCUUUGGAUAAGGUUGACAAGGUCUACAAAAAGUGCAAGAAGGGUAUUCUAGUCCACAUGGAUGACAACAUCAUCAAACACUACUCUAAUGAGGACACCUUCCAGAUCACCAUGGAGGAGCUGGGUGGCAUGUACAAACUCACCCUAACUGAGAUCUGACUCGAUGAUUCUGGACCCAAGGGUAGAAAAUAAAUGGAGCCAUCAAGUUUACACUUGUUGCUAUGCAGUGAUGCUGGACUUGAUCUGAAGCUUAGUGCACCAUCCUUGUGCUAUAUGUUGGUUUCAACCAGUUCUUUAAAGAAGUCCAAAAAGCCGUGUUUAAAAGCCAGAGCUCUUAAUAGAUAAUAAUACUGGUUGGAGAUGUAAGCUAAUGUGAUUAAGUGUAACUUUUUUCUUUGUGCAUAAGAAUUAACAAGUGAGAAUGUGUUAAUUGUCAUGAAUUUGUGAAAAUAUAACUGCACCUCAAAUAUUAGUGCCUACUUCUGUACAUAUUGUUCAGGUUUGCAGAGCAUUUGUAUAGCUGCUAUACCUCAUGCUAUGCCAGCAGCAGUUUUUUUUCUUUCUUAAAUUCAUGCAAAAACAAAAACAGAUAAUCUUUCCCUUUGUAAAGACAUAGCUCUGAUCGCUGCAGUCUACAAAGUUAGAUUGUUUGCACACAAAAAGAUGGCAACAAAUAGUUGAUUGAGCCUCAGUGGUUCAGUGUAUUAACAAGAAAAUAAUUAUAAUACGGCAGUAUUUGGAAUAUUACUAUAAGGUUUAGAUAGAUUAUUGUAAAUUUUUGUUUGUUUUUUAUGUUCAGAUAUGACAGAUUUUUGAUGGAUGAUGAGGCUUAAAAUAUGUUUUUUUUUUUCUUAAAUCAGUUUAAGAGCCUUUUGUAAGUAUUACAUAAUUGUUACUGAUACCAUUGAAAAAACAGAGCUACCCUUUCCCUGUAGAGCAGUUCUCUGAAUGUUGAUGAAAUAGGUCAAAUAAAAUCUAGUACAGCUUUUGUAAGCUGUCCUAGAAGUGCAAUAAUCUUUAGGCUCAGGAACAUUAAGAAUAUCAUUUGCCUCUAUUGCCAUUAAUACAGUAUAGAAGACAUGCUAAUUCUUUUUUUUAUGGAAAUAUUGUUUUAAAUAUUCAUUGAAAAAAAUCUAUGAUUGCUCUUUUGUAUCUCUGUACUUAUUGUGUAUAUAUUUAUUAAAAGAUGUGGAUGUGGGUCAUUGCAUAUAUAACCAAUUUUCUAUUAAUCCUAAUAAUAUGUCUAAUUCCUUUUUUAUAUGAAGUUAUUCUAACAUUAUGUGUCACGGGAAAGAAAGGACAAAAGUUGUAAUGAUUUUUUUUUCUGUCUGCUUUUUUUGUAAAGGAUUUUAUGCAGAAAAAACCCAAUAAAAGCUCUCCAGUA